UUUGCAGAUGCUGAAGGUUAUUUUGCUGCCUGUGCAACAGACAACGCUGUAAACAGUUCUCUGAGUGAACCUUUGUAUGUUCCUGUAAAGUUUCAUGAUUUGCCAGCUGAAAAAAGUAGCAGUAAUAAUAGUGAUGCAGAGAAAACUCCCAAAAAGCCUCGUGUACGGUUCAGUAAUAUUAUGGAGAUUCGACAACUCCCAUCAAGCCAUGCGUUGGAAGCAAAGCUGUCUCGCAUGUCAUAUCCAACUUUUGUGUGGUUCUUGGCAAAUUUCUCUUACCAAGAAGCUCUAUCAGAUACCCAGGUUGCCAUAGUUAAUAUCUUGUCUUCGACCUCUGGACUUUUUACUUUAAUCCUAGCUGCAGUCUUUCCCAGUAACAGUGGAGAUAGGUUUACCCUUUCCAAAUUGUUAGCUGUUAUUUUAAGCAUUGGUGGUGUAGUACUUGUUAACCUUUCUGGAUCUGAGAGGUCUUCUGGAAGAGACACAAUAGGUUCCCUUUGGUCUCUUAUAGGAGCAAUGCUGUAUGCUGUGUACAUAGUAAUGAUAAAAAGGAAAGUGGACAGAGAAGAUAAGCUUGAUAUACCAAUGUUCUUUGGUUUUGUAGGGCUGUUUAAUCUGUUGCUGCUAUGGCCAGGAUUUUUCCUGCUUCACUAUACUGGAUUUGAAGCGUUUGAGUUUCCCAACAAACUCAUAUGGAUGUGCAUUGUCAUUAAUGGCCUUAUCGGAACAGUUCUAUCAGAGUUCCUCUGGUUGUGGGGCUGCUUUCUUACCUCAUCGUUGAUAGGCACACUUGCGCUAAGCCUUACAAUACCUCUGUCCAUAAUAGCUGACAUGUGCAUGCAGAAGGUGCAGUUUUCCUGGUUAUUUUUUGCAGGGGCAAUCCCUGUAUUUUUUUCUUUUUUCAUUGCAACUCUCUUGUGUCAUUAUAACAACUGGGAUCCAGUAAUGGUGGGAAUCAGAAGAAUUUUUGCCUUUAUCUGUAGAAAACAUCGCAUUCAGAGAAUGCCAGAAGAAAGCGAGCAGUGUGAAAGUCUCAUUCCUAUGCAUAAUGUUUCUCAAGAUGGAGAAAGUUGCUCAUAGGCAAAAGUUUAAAAAUGGAAUGAUGCCCAGCGAAGAGACAAUCUCCUGGAAAGUCCCUAAGGAAUCAUGUUUGAGUGCCUAUUUUGAAUUUGUAGUAAAAAUGAGAAGUUUCAGUUCUUUUGAAACUCUACACUUUUUCUCUUUUCAUCUGGUUUUAUAAAUGAACAACUCUACUACAUGCAUAUUGCCAUAGGGAAUCUUAGUCCAUCUGAGCAACCAACCUGCCUUAUAACACUGAGCUGGUGAAGUUACUUGACAAAAUCAAAAAAUGAAUGCUGUUAGGUGAUUUCUUUUUUUAACUCACAAUUUUGUUAAAUGCUGGACAAUAUUAUUUUUAAAAAUACUUUCAAAUGGGUUAUGUAAAUAAGUUUGCAGGUCAUCAUUUCUUACAGGCUUUCAGAUGAAAAGCGAAAUAGAUAUGUUACCUGUAGUAGGUACAAAUUAACUUUUUUAUGUUGUAUAAACUCUAUUUGCAUAUUAAUAGAAGAAAAUAGAAAAAUAAUUUAUUAAGUACAUUCUUGUAAUUAUUGAGGCAGGAUCUUUGUUCAUUUCUGGAACACUACAUAUAUACACUGUCUUACUCCAUUUUGAGAAGACUUGUAAUUACAGUGGGUGCCCAUGUUUAAAAAUCUUUUGUUACCUAACAAUCUGGAAUGUUUAAAAUUUUAGUGACUAGUAAAAUGUUUCUAAUUACAGUACAUCUGGUGUAGAUUCUUCAAAUCAACGCUUACUUUAAACAGACUCAUUAUGUGACUCAUCAUUCAUCCAAAUUAUCUAAUAUGGAAAACUAGAUUAAAAAAUGAAAGCUUUCAUGGACAUAUUUGUCUACUUAAGAGAGAGAAUAAAUUAAUUGCUAAAGUUUUCAGUUAGUAGGUUGCCCCACAGUGUAAUCUGCUAAACAAUAUGAAAGGUAAAGAUGUUUGCAUUGAUUUUUUUUCCAAUUGCAUUAAUAAAUUUAUUCUAAAACUUAUUCAUGUCUUUAUAAAACUUAUCUUUCUUCCACUGCAGUACUUCUGUCCUAUUUGAGUCUGAAAAGCUAUGAAUAAUUAAAUUCAAGAAUAUUUGUUGUUAGUCAGUGCCAUUUUUCAACUUCUGGCCUAUAAGACACUUUAAAAAAAAAAAAAAAAGUUGAUUUUUGGAUUUGGAUGAAUUUGAAUUUUUUUAUAGUAAAUGUAAGAUGGGUUUUCAGCUAACAGCAUUAUCUUCCACAUAACAAGACUAUUAAUUAUGUAGAGUACUUCUGCUGUCCUUCCACCCAAACAUGAAAAGGUGACAUACUGCAAAUGCGUUUUCAAGUUUUGACCCUCAGUAAUGAUCUUAAGAAGAACAACAGUAUGUUUGGUGAUACAACUACUAGUCUAGAGGGAAUGCAGGAAAGCAACAUGCUUAGCUAUACCUUUAGAAGGAUUGGUUAAGCAAUAGCUAGAAUUUAAUGUAAAAUUCUGUAGGGAGAGAAGGAAAAAUGCUGGAAAAAUGAACAUGGGGAUGAUUCUGGUUAGAGGGAAACACUACAACUUCAUGAUUUUUUUCCACAAUUUUUAAUACUGGAGUACACUACAAAUCUCAGUUGUUACUGAGAUGAACAGGAGGCUUUAAGGUGAGAUAGUAAAUCCCUCCUUGAACACCUGAAAUAGGGAUUAAAAAAACCCAAAACCCAAAAGUCAUAAUCUCAUUAAAGUUACCUAGACAUCUUGAAAAAAUCUCAGAUUUUAAUUCCCUAAACCCACAAGUAGAGGGGUUUCAAUGGUGCUAUGUAGAAUGAAUUGUAUAUUUGGAAUUUUCAGGAUUUUUCUGGUAAGAGGAGUUUCUAAUAUGAUUUUUUUUUUCUAAAUUAUGACAAAUUGGAGGAUGUUAGCUUUGCUUUUUUGUUUGUUUUUGUUAAGAAGCACUAUUAAGACAUCCUGGCAAGUGUCAAUGUCUUGUUUUCUUUUACAGUUCUGUUUGAAUGAGAUCUAUCCUGAAUAUACGAUACCAGGCAUUAAGUAAGCAAACCUGAAUGUAUUCCCUUAUAGCAACCAAGCAGUAAAGAUUUGUGGCAUCUGCAAGCUAAGGCUGUCAAAGCUUUCGGUUUGCUUUCAGACAGGCAAUCACAGUAUUUUUAGGGGAAUGUCACCAUACAGUUUUUUGAAAUCAGUCAUACUGAUCAAUAGAAUUGGAGCUGUAAUAUAUAAGGGCAGUUGCUAUCCAUAUUUGUCCUUAUGUCCAUGUUACAAAGUUAAAGAUUGUCGUAGUAUUCUCUCUAUAUAAUUCUUGUUUAGUGGCAUUAUUGCAUUAGGUAGAGUUUUAGAAGUGAAACAUUAGAAAAUAUUCUCCUAUCUCAGACUCCAGGAAUGUUGAAUCCUCUCAGUGUUCAGUUUAACUCAAAAAGUUAGGGCUUGCCCACUGUAUUUUAAGUUUUUGUUUUUGUUUUUGUUUUUUUUUGAUAAAACAUGUUGAAGUCUUUAAGAAAUUUAAUGGCACUAAGUGAUUUUGCCAGUCUGUUUGCAUUAAACUACAGUGUUUUAAAGAAUAAAAACCAAAUCAAAUUGUCCUUCCUGAGAGGCCAUGGAUUUUUGAACAGUGGUGCCCCUGUGGUUACAAGAAAUGUGUGACAGUUUUAAUUACUGAAGUUAUGACAUGUAACAUUGUUCCUGCAUUUAAUAGAAUGUGAUGAGAUUUUUCUAUUAAAUCUUGUGAUUUUUUUAGUACAAUAAUAUUUUAUAAAUAUAUUGUCUUAUUGGAAAUGUAAUUUGUGUAGCUCUCUAAUGGGUGCUUGAUAAAUGCACAAGAGAUUUAGCUUUGAUUCUCAGGUACUGGUGAUGUAGUGGUGAACCCCUUCCCCUUGCCCCUACACCCCCACCCCAAGACACAACUGGAAUGUGAAGGAGCUCUCUCUUGUGAAAACUUUCAUUACCCCUGUGUGCUAGCAUAAAAUGUCAUUGCUUUUAUUUCACUUUGGGAAUGUCUUGAUUCUGACUUAUUUCUUGUCAAAAGUGCAUACAUCUACAAAACAAAACAGGCAUUUCUUUGAAUGUUAUUAGACGCUUAAAGAGCAGUGAUUUCCCAUGCCUACAAAAUAAGAGAAUCAAUGCUACAUGUGGUGUUCUGUCCAACAGUUUAACUAAUUCCUGCAAUCCUAUGAGACAACCAAGAUUUUUUUUUUUUCCUGUGUUUGGGCAGUAUGGAUUUUUUUCAAGUUUUGGAGUUGUUUGGUUUUUAUAUAUGGAGGAAAUGAUAGUAACUUGCUGAAUGCCAUGUAGCAAGCCUUAGCUUUCAGGGUACUGAUGCAUCUCACAUAGUUCAAUGUACUGUAUUCUGCAGUCCAGAAAAAAGGAAAACAAGGACUUCAGUUUUUCUAGCUACCUUGUACUAGGUUUUAGUCAUAGCAAAAAUGUGUUCACUACUAGGGGCUGCUGUAGACUUAAUACUGAGUGAGCAAAGGGGUUAAGUACAUGUGAUAUUCAGUACUCAAGAACUACCUGUAAAAUAUGGGGCCCCUGCAUGCCACUGCAGACCCUGAGGGCCCGGUCUGGUGUUGCCCAGGGUGCACUGCAUGGCUCUUGCAUGCUCGCGUUCCGCCCUUGAGAAUCGGCGUGGAGAGCAGAGGGUGUUGUACCUAUCAGACCUGGUGUCGUGUGGGAUAUAGUGGACUGCAUGCUUAAAUUCAGAACCUGGGAGGCUGAUCUCGCUGCGUUGCCCACGCUGAAGUACUUUGCUGAAGUAGGGUGUUCAGCAGUGGCGAUCUUCAAAUGACAAAUUGUGGUGCUGCAUGUGAUACUUGACACUGUACGCUGCUACAUGCGUUGCAUACCUCCGUGUAACAUACUGG